CUAGCUGCCAGUUCAGCUGGGUGGUCGAGGAACGGUGGACAGGGAGCGUCAUCGCCAAACUACGAGGCCCCGCUACACUCUCUGCAAAGUCGUAUCGAGGACCGUCUGGAGCGUUUGGACGAUGCCAUCCACGUCCUGCGGAGCCACGCGGUCGGGCCGUCCACGGGUAUGCCCAGUGGCCACGGGGAAAUGCACAACCUCAUCGGGGCGGCGCACACGCACAACGGGGCCAUGGGCGCCCUGACCAGCGGGUACGGGUCGGGACUGCUGUCGGCCAACAGACACGCCCUCAUGGGCGGCUCUCACAGAGAAGACGGCGGGAGCGGUUUGCGUGGCGGACACUCGAUGGCCGGUCCCGGGCCUCAGCUGCCGGCUCAGUCGGCCUCGUCACCGGACCUGAACCAGCCCGACCCGUACCGCGCGCUGUCCGGAGGUCUCCAGGGCCAGAGCACCUCCUCCGUCAGCUCAGAGAUCAAGUCUGAGGACGAGGGGGACGAGAACCUCCUGCAGGACUCCAAGCCUCUGGAUCCCAAGAGGGAGGACGCCGACUCCAAGGAGCUGAAAGCUAAUGACAGGUCAAGACCUAGCAACAACGAGGACGAGGACCUGUCUCCGGAGCAGAAGAUGGAGAGAGAGAGGGAGCGGAGGAUGGCGAACAACGCACGGGAACGCCUGCGCGUCCGUGACAUCAACGAAGCGUUCAAGGAGCUGGGAAAGAUGGUGCAGCUGCACCUGAAGAGCGACAAACCUCAGACCAAGUUACUGAUCCUGCACCAGGCCGUGGCCGUCAUCCUCAGCCUGGAGCAGCAAGUCCGAGAGAGGAACCUGAACCCCAAGGCCGCGUGUCUGAAGCGCCGCGAGGAGGAGAAGGUGACGGUGUCGUCGGAUGGGACGCCCCUGUCGCUGGCCGCCGCGCACCACGCCGCCGCCUCCGUCAUGGGCGAUGGGUCGAACCCCAUGGGACAAAUGUCGAAGGUGCCAGAGUUCAUCAAGAUGAUGAGUGACCACUUCCUCUGACGCUGUUUCCCUAACGACCCAGCAACCAAUCAAACCCGUUGUCGCUUCAGCCCGACCAAUCAGAUCAGCCUCUUUCUCUCCUCUCGUCUGUCGUCUCCGAUCCUCCUCCUCGCCUCUGUCUCCCUCUUCUGUCGAGAACACGAACUGCAGAGUCACACCAGUCGCUUUCGUCACUUCGCCGUGAACCGGACGCUUCUCCUGGAGACGGGGGAACGCGAUGCAGCAGAGGAUUCUGGGAACUUUUCACACAAAGUGACAGCAACGGACAAAAGUCUUUGGAAUCACAUCAUCCAAGAAAUUCUUCUUGUACUUCUUGUUUUAUCAGCAUUCCCACUUUUAAAGAAUAAAAGGGUUCUAUAUAUAUAAAAAUAUAUAUAGUAUAUAUACGAGAAAAGGAUAAAAAAAAAAGAUGAAAACCUUGAUUUUUAAAAAGUGCACCGGGACGCAGGCAGCGAGGAGACGAAGGUCGUUCAGAGCGGAAAACAAAACAUAUCACAAAGUGUUUCAAGAGAUUUUUUUUUUGUUUUUGUUGAACGCAGCCUCGCCGCGUCUCUCUGAUUGGUCUGAGGUUUGUUGCUCUUCGGGUGCAGCUGCACCAGCUUUCCCAGCUCCACGAACGCUACGUCGUAACGUACGCAACGAACGCCCCCCUGUGGACGAACUGUGCCUGAUGGUAACCAGUCACACACACACACACACACACACACACACACACACAGAAGCAAAGAU